GUACAUGAGGUCACUUCCCAUCUCUCUUGUCCUCUUUUCACUCUUGUUGCUCAUUGUUGCUUGCACCGAUGUUGGCCUGACAACGCAGAGAGGAGCAAUCGCAAAGAAGACUACUAGCAGAAAUCAAUGCCCUUCUGUUUGCAAAUUCCGCAAGAAACGAUUUCCAGACUUCCAAAAUGGAAAUCGUACAUUUGUGAUUGUAGCUCUAAUACAAAAGUCACAAAGAAUCGGUACAUGGAGAGUCCUUACAAUUGGACAUCUGAAUACCUACAACUACAUGAGAACAGGAAGUCCCAUUCCAGUCGAAACAAGAAGGAUAUGGGUUCACAAGAAAGCCAAUCAAUGCACUUGCUUUCGUCUGAAAAAAAAGGGUAAAUAUUUAAUGGCAGGAUAUGUCAAGCAGCCUCGUAACCCAGAUGGCCCGAUGUUGGUCCUCAACGAGACCUCGGCAGUUUUGCGAUACAAAGACUCGAUAGACAUCCGAAUACAAAAACUGCUGCACAAAAAUUGAGGAGAAAAAUCGAGAACGGAUGCACAUACUUUCAGAGAUAAUAGAUUAACAUAUCUAUUAGUUGCAGCAACGCUGUUAGAAUAGAAACUGCUAUAAACUACAGCAAGAAAAUACAUCAAAUGACAGAGUGCCGUA